UUGGCGUCGUUUUCUGUCUGUCUGCUUCACAGUAGUAGCGUAAAGUUUCAGGCGCUUUGAAAGCGUACGAGUAUAUUUAUAGCAUAGGAUUUAUACAAGGAUAAUGAAUUAUGAAAUACGUGUGUCAAAGGAGGACCUUAUCCAAGCGAGCAGCAUGGAUUGCUUACAAUUAGGAGGUUGAUUUUGUGGCUUUUUAUAAGGAAUUGCAAAUACGAUCCGGCCGGUAGGGCGAGGGUUCGAAACCAAGGAGCACCAGAAUCGUGCCGCGCAAUCAGAGUAAUGUGGCGGGCGGGGGAUUUUUACUGGGGCAAGAAAAUCAGCGAAGAUGAAGGCAACAGUGAGGGAAUUGUCGUUGUAUUUGCAUGGAUGCUCAGUAAACGGCGGAAUUUGGAGGCUUACGUUAACCUUUUCUACUCUCUGCGAUGGGAUUCUUUGGUCACCCAUUCGCAUUUGUUGAACUUGUUUUUUCCUAGCCAGGCAACAUCUUUGGCUUUGGUUGUCCUUGACGAGCUUUCCAAGGAAGUUGCAAAAAGACCAAGGCCCAUUGUCUUUGCCACAUUCUCUGGUGGGUCAAAGUCAUGUAUGUACAAACUUUUCCAGAUACUGCAAGAGAGGUGUGAAGAACCAAAUGUUGAUUCAGGGAGUUUCAAUUUGGUCAGAAAGUGUGUUGCAGGACAGAUAUAUGAUUCAAGUCCUAUAGAUUUCAUUAGCGAAUUGGGUGCUAACUUUGUAGUCCACCCUACCGUCCUCAAGUUAAAUCAUCCACCGAGAGUGCUGAGAUGGGGAGCUCAGGCUACAGCUUGGGCCUUGGAUGCUCUCUUUCUUAGUAGGUUUGAAGCACAACGUGCUGAACACUGGCAGAUUUUGUAUUCAUCAGUGAACAUGGGUCCAGUCCUCUUAUUGUGCUCUGAAGAUGACGAUCUUGCUCCGUUUGAGACAAUCUGCAAUUUCGCUUCUCAUAUGCGUGAACUUGGUGGCCAAGUAAAGAUGGUUGCAUGGAAAAGUUCCCCUCAUGUUGGCCAUUACAGAGAUCAUCCUGAGGAGUACAGGGAUGCUGUUGUGAUGCAUCUCAGCUCAGCAACUUCUCAUUUCUCUGCUAGAAUGGGAAAAUUAUUGCAGCAGGGAACUACAGGUGGACAAUCAUACUGCAAUUCUAAGGUUGUUUGUGAUGCAGAUGAGGUUACAGCUGACUCUCUUGUGACCAGGCAAAUGAAUCUUUCGACCUUAACAAGUUGUCCACAAGUUCAAAUUCGUAAACAUAUUGGAUCUUAUGCAGAUGGGCAGAAGGAAGAAUUAAUAGAUAUUGUGAAUUUUUCUAGUUCGAAUGCCGAGGAUAUGCCAGGAAAGCUUCCAUUUGAUAUAGAUAUGCCAAAAUAUAUUGAAGAUUGGGAGAUAAAAUCUUCUAGUUCGUCACUACGUAUGUUUAAUCGAUCUAUCAACGCUCGUGCCAAAUCAGGCUCGAUUAAUCCUACUAGAUUUAUACGUCGUUGUAGAUUGUGAAUGGUAAAUUUCAUAUGAAAUGUAUAUAGAAAGUCAGCUUAGUAAUUUAUUAAUAAGAAGUCUCCAAUGUUGGGACAUUUGAAGAUUCCACCCCAUUUAUUGGUAAAAAUCCUGAUUGUGAAUAUAAAGAGGCUAUGUAAAGACUGAAAUUUGGCUUGUA